AUGAAGCCACACCUGGUACCUCUCCCUCACCUCAAAAAGUCUGUCUUCUUUGACGUGCAGUGUAUGAGGCUAAAACAAGCUCCCCGUGCCUGGUUUACAACCUUCAAUUCCACUGUCACCCAACUUGGUUUUACCUCCAACUCUCAUGACUCAGCUUUUUUUACUCAUAAUACUCCUCAUGGUAUCCUUUUCCUUCUUUUAUAUGUGGAUGACAUGAUUAUUAUUGGUGAUGAUCCUCAGGCCAUAUCCAAUCUCCAACGCUACCUGGGAGAACACUUUGAGAUGAAAGAUCUGGGACCAUUCUAUUAUUUUCUUGGUCUUCAAGUCUCAUCCUACCCUGAUGGGUACUACUUAUCUCAAACAAAAUAUGCAUAUGUUCUUUUGUCCCGUUCUGGUAUCACCAAUUCUAUCACUUCACCAACACCAUUGGAUUCAAAUGUUUCCCUGACUUCUUUUGAUGGUGUUCCUCUCAAGAAUCCAACCUUGUCUAGGUAA